AUGGCAAAGACGUAUCCUCCCGUGCAGCCCGGAGGCAGCUUGAUCCUGGCAUGGCAGAUUAAGCAGAAGAAGGUGCUCGUCGUUGGCGGCGGUGAUGUCGCCGCCGGUCGCAUCCUCAACUGCCUCAAUGCCGAUGCAAAAGUUGUCGUCGUCUGCCCCAAGUCCGGUCUCAAUGACGAAGUCGCCUACCGAAUCCGCGAGGGCCAGGUCACACAUGUCAACCGCCUGUUCGAACCCCAAGACCUCGAUGGAGCCGAGAUGGUGCUGGUAGCUGUCGACGAUCCCGCCGCAUCGACCGUCAUCUGGAAACUGUGCAAGGAACGAAGGAUCCCCGCCAACAUCGCCGACGUACCACCCGAGUGCGACUUUUACUUUGGCAGCAUUCACCGAGAUGGGCCGCUACAGAUCAUGGUUAGCACCAACGGAAAGGGACCGAGGUUGGCGGCCGCCAUCAGACAGUUCAUCGCCAAGCAGCUCCCCAAGAAUGCCGGCAAUGCGAUCGAGACUAUCGGUGAGCUGAGGCUCAGGUUGAGAAAGGUUGCUCCCAGGCCUGAGGAUGGACCCAAGCGCAUGCUAUGGAUGUCCAAGGUCAGCGACACCUACAAAUGGGACGAGAUGUGCGGACUCACGGACGAGGAUAUGGAUAACCUGCUACUCUUCUACCCGGCCAACAAGGUCCCCUCGAUGGAUGUGUUGGUAGCUCUUCGUGGAGGCACCGACAUUAAGAAACUCGACGUUUUCGACGGAUCCUUCGGCUUCAGCGUGGGAGCAUAA